AUGGUGCCAGAGUGGCAACAAGCUUACGUGGACUACAAGUACCUCAAAACCCUUAUCAAAGAUAUCAGCCGCUUCAAACGCAAAACCGAUCCUCACCGCGAUGGGAUGACCACGACCCUGCACCGCACAUUCAGCGGUCAAAGGAGACACGGCCAUGGUGGCGGUUGCGGUCAAAGCAGCCCUUCUUCAACGGUGGUUGACAUUGAGGAAGGAACAACGGCGUCACCGAUUCAGGUGAGUACUACGGCGACUCACUUGUACGAGACAACGUUUUUUAUGACAGAGGAGAAAGGAGGAGAGUAUGAGUUGGUGUUUUUCCGCCGACUCGAUGAUGAGUUUAACAAAGUGGAGAAAUUCUAUAGAGAGAAAGUGGAAGAAGUGGUGAAAGAAGCGGUGGUGCUUAACAAACAGAUGGAUGCUUUAAUCACGUUUCGGUUGAAGAUGGAAGAGGGGCGUGCGGAGGAGAUGGUUCGCUUGCCCACCCAUGUCGCUGUUUCUCCGGCCGAGGUCGCUAAAGAUACAUCAAUGAAAGUUCAAGCUCAAGCUCACAUAAAGGUCGUAGAGGAAGGAGGCUCUAGUAGAGCUGGUCGAUCCGACGAAGAUGACAAUUCCGCAGAAGAAGAAGAAGAUAAUGCUAUAAAAACGAGUAACUUGAGCAAGAUGAAAGCUACGAGCCUAAUUACUCCUAUCGAGGUUCUAAAUCUUGUCAAGAUCUACAACACUAAAGAAACGCCUAGGUCCAUCAUCAAAAGCGUUCUCAAAGUCUCGAACCAUACGGAGCUCAAAUUCAGUAGAGAUAACCUUAGGAAAAUCGAGGAGAAGCUAAGCUGUGCCUUCGUUGAGUUCCAUCGGAAGCUUUGGUUCCUCAAGAGCUAUAGCUUUUUGAACGUGUUGGCGCUUUCGAAGAUAUUGAAAAAGUAUGAUAAGAUCAGUUUGAGGGAUGCUACUGAGUCUUACAUGACAAUGGUUGAUAACUCUUGCCUUGGAAGCUCUAGUGAGGUUACGAGACUCCUGGAUCAUGUUAGAACCACAUUCAUAAAGCAUUUUACGAAUGGUAACAGAACAAAAGGAAUGAACAUCUUGCGACCAAAAGCUAAACGAGAGAGACACCGACUUACGUUUUCCACAGCUGGCUUCUUGAGUGGAUGCAUGUUAUCUCUCAUAGUGGCUCUUGUCGCUAUCAAACGCACCCGAAACAUAUUACAAGACGAUGGCCAGAGACAGUACAUGAACACUAUGUUCCCUCUUUAUAGGUAA